UCCGGGAUAUGCUUUUAGAAGCCGAAGGUAUCAACACUUGUUUCUAAGGGUCAAGUUGAGGCAACUUUUCAGAGACAUGGGAGGAGCCUCCAACCCCGUUGUCCCGUCGAAGCCCCGCGAAGACAAAUGGCCAGCAGUCGCGCUCAUCUCGAGGAUGACCUUUCCUGUCCAAUUUGUAGAUACAUUCUCAAUCAGCCAGUGGUGCUCGCUUGCAGACACCGAUUCUGCAAGGCCUGUUUAAAAGACAGCUGGGAGACACAAGGCGGUGGGGAUUUACGCAGCUGUCCUCUGUGCUGGCGCGGUUCCUCCAUGGAUCAAAUGGUGGCGAGCACUGCGCUGGAGAAGUCCUGUGAAUCCCUCAGGGCGGACCGCAGCAAGAAUGACCGAGAGGCUUGUGAGGAGCAUGGGGAAAAGCUCACGUUGUUCUGCCUGGAGGACUUGGAGGCGAUCUGCGCUGUAUGUGGGAAGGCAGCUGCACACACUGGCCAUAGGCUCUAUCCCAUUGGAGAAGGUGCUCAUGACUGUAAGGCCGAACUGAAGAGUGCGCUGCUGCCUUUAAAAGACAAGUUGCAGUUGUACAAGAAGGCGAAAACGGCCUGUGAGGAAAUGGCAGAACAUGUCAAGAACCAGGCUGAACAUACGGAACGCCAAAUCAAAGAGGAAUUUGAAGCCCUUCACCUUUUCCUGAAAGAGCAGGAGGCUGCCAGACUUUCCGCUUUAAAAGCCGAGGAGCAGCAGAAGAAUCAAGUGCUUGAACAGAUGUUUGAAGAGAUGAACGCCGAAAUGAUCGCGCUUUCAAACACCAUCACAUUAGUGGAACAGGAGAUGAAAUCUCGAGAUAUCCCAUUUCUUAAGAAUUACAAAGAAACAAUAAGGAGAACAUGGCGAACUUCUGCUGAUCCACAAAUGACUUCCGAUGCUCUGAUCGACGUGGCCAAGCACUUGGGCUCUCUGAAAUUUAAAGUGUGGGAGAAGAUGAAGAGCGUAGUUAAAUACUAUCCUGUGAUUCUUGAUCCAAACACAGCAGCCAGCUGUUUCGUCCUCUCUGCAGAUCUCACAGUUGUGCAGAACUCGACAGAGAUUUUUAAGUUGCCCGAUAAUCCCGAACGCUUUGACAUAAGCGCUGAGAUGCUGGCUGCUGAAGGCUAUACCUCUGGACGCCACAGCUGGGAUGUGGAGGUGAAGGACAACACCUACUGGGUGGUGGGAGUGGCCAGUGAUUCCAUCAAAAGGAAGGGCAAGCAUGUACUGACACCGGCAGAGGGGUUCUGGACAAUACGGUUUCGCAAUAGAGAGCACAAGGCCUGCACAGCACCAUGGGAGUCUCUGACCAUGACGAAGACACCGGAAGUCGUCAGGGUAGUUUUAGACAUGGAUAGAUGCAAGGUGACCUUUUACGACCCUACUGAGAGGACACCGCUCUACACCUUCAAAGAUAUCAUCACCCCACGAGCCUUUCCCUACUUCUGCUCUGCCUGCAAAGAGCACCCACUGAAAGUCCUACCCACGAGGAUAAUGCUGUCAAUGGACUAGCUCACAUUGUAUUCAUGAAAUACCAGAAAUAAUAAAAGAAAGAAACGAAUGGCUGCUGCAGCUUGUGAUGGGUCUUAUUCUUUUGUCUUUCGCAAGAGACACUAAAUCAUGGCACUACACUGCAAUGGAAGCAAAACAGAAAUUGUACUUUAUUAAAAAAAAGAAAGAAAAAAAAAA